UGUAAAAGAACAUUAAUGGCUUUUCUUUGCGGCUGAUAGGAGGAGGUGUCAUGGCGGACUGUUAACAUCAGCGCAGUAUCAGUUGUCGCUGUUUUAUUAAGAGGUUUAGUGCUAAGAGAGGAUGAAAUAAAUAGAAGAGUGAGCUGAUGGUGAAAGAGCUUGUGGCAGAGGAUACAAAUAAAGAAGGGCUGACUGGAAGAUGCCAAGAAGAAAACAACAGAAUCCACAACCAGUAAAGUUGGAUUCUAAAGAUGACGUAGACGUAAAUACUGCAGCAAGCCUUUCUUUCGAGAGCGACUUUCUUCUGGGUCCUGAUCUUGACUUCUCGGAUGCUGAUAAUGACAGCAGGAUUGUAGGCCUGGAGACCUUUUCAGAUAACAUUAACCUGCCAAGCCUCCACCUGGGAGACGAAGUGAGCUCCUCCUUCAGUCACCUCAGCAUGGACAGUGACUCCGAUGACCUCCACAGUACUGAAAACCAGCGACAGGAUGCACGAACCGUAUCCACCUUUCCUGCCUACAUCUCGUGCAGAGGCUGCAAUAAGCUCUUGGAUGAGGACGAGCACUUCUGCCGACGCUGUAAACGUGAUAUGAACAGCAUCAAAGACAGAAGUAUUCAACUGGGCACACAGGGGGCAGUCUCCGAGGGAACUGGGUCUGAGGAAGGCCAGCUGAGGCUGAACUCCUGCCCUUUGUGUGGCUUUUCCUCUCGCUAUGCCAACCACGUGAAGAGGCACAUGAAGACCCACAAUGGGGAAAAGCCAUACCGCUGCUCAAUGUGCACCUAUGCUUCGGCACAGCUGGUCAACCUGCAGCGGCACCUACGCAUUCACACCGGAGAGAAACCCUACAAGUGUGAGCACUGCACCUUCGCCUGCAGCUCGCUGGGCAACCUGAAGAGACACAAGCGCAUGCAUACAGUAACGAAUCCUCAGCAGAAUAUGCAACUGCGCAUGCAUGCAGUUAGGAAUUUACACCAGCAUGUGCACACGUCUGCAAAUCUGGCCCAGAAUACAAAGCGGCAAAUGAUAACCGUGCAAGAUCAUGCACAGAAUACACAGCACGACCUCAGAUGUUCCACUGGAGGACAAAAUUCAAAAAAUGAUCAGCCACAACUUAUAAGAGAAGAAAAUAAAGCGAAUGUGAGCAUUGAAGGUGACAGGAGGCAUCUACAGGCGUAUGCAAGCCUGAAGUCCGAGCAGCAGUCCUGUACCUGGGCACAGCCUGGCGUUCUGCCCCCUCUCCUCUUCCCCUUCAUGUGCCGCCUGUGCGGCCUGGUACUGGACGCCGAGGACGGCUCAUCGGCACAGAUCUGUGCCAAGUGCACUCUGGAAAUGCUGACUAAAGAAUCAGCGGGCAGCACCAGUGAACGAGGACACAAAGGAGACAGAGUGUACACCUGUGCCGCCUGCCCCUUCUUCACUCACUACCCGAAUCACCUGGCCCGGCACAUGAAGACACACAGCGGCGAAAAGCCCUACAAGUGCCCGCAGUGCCCGUACGCCUCGGCACACUUCGACAACCUGAAGCGACACCACCGCGUACACACGGGCGAAAAGCCCUACAAGUGCCACCUGUGCGAGUACGCCUGCGGCAACCUGGCGAACCUAAAGCGGCAUCAGCGGGUACACUCGGGCCUGAAGCCUUUUCAGUGCAGCUUGUGUAGUUACAGCUGCAACCAGAGCAUGAACCUGAAGCGCCACAUGCUGCGCCAUACCGGAGAGAAGCCACACAAGUGUCAUUUAUGUAACUACACUACAGGCCACUGGGACAACUACAAGCGGCACCAGAAAAAGCACGAAGCGGGAAUUGACGAAUGGGACAAAACGCCACAGAAUGUCAACGAAGAUGAUGCUGAGGAUGAGGAAGACGAGGUGUAGCCUAGCAACCGGGGAAAUAAUAU